CAUGUCCCAGCAGUUCCCGCUGAAGGAGGUGAAGGGAGACGCGGUUUGCUUCGUACCUGGCUCUCCUCUCUUCUCUGUCCUCAUGGAGCCAGCUUCUUUUUGUUACCCCCGGCUCACCUUCCUCCGCUCGCCCUAUGGCCAGUUCGGGGCGAGUGCUGGCUCUUCCCAGGAUUUGGCCCCGUGGCCACAACGCUUGGUGACGCAGAGGUGGACCAGGCCAGUGGAUGAGUCUCCCCCAGCAGCGAUGUCAAGAAAUGGAUACUUCUUUGAAGAGAGUGGGUACCUCAAGUGCGACACGGACGAUGGCUGCGAGGCCAAGGAGGAGACGGGGGGCGAGGAGCUCUUUGACGCCGUGAACUCCUCCAUUGUCUCGGGGGACAGCAUCCGCUUCUUCGUCAACGUCAACCUGGAGGUGCCGCCCAAUGCCACCGCUGAAAAUGAAAGCGCUGGCUGCGUGUUACUGCACACAUCAAGGAAGUAUCUGAAGUUAAAGAAUUUUGAGGAGGAAGUCAGAGCCCACCGAGACCUGGAUGGGUUCCUGGCCAGAGCCAGCAUCAUCCUUGAUGAGACUGCCACCUCCUUGGACGAUGUUCUUCGGGAGAUGCUGAAACACUUCGCUGAAGAUCCUGAGAACAUGGAGCCAAGCUGCAACUUUGAAAAAAUCAUGAGCACUUUAUUCACGGAUUCAGGGACCCCACGGGAAGGGAAUGUUCACCUCUUAUCAGAUACGAUUCAAGGGGUCACAGCAACAGUCACAGGGGUGCAGUAUCAGCAGUCCUGGCUCUGUAUCAUUUGCACUAUAAAGUCCCUUCAGCGACGUCACGUUUGCAUCAGCCGCCUGGAGAGGCCUCAGAACUGGGGUGAAAACUCCUGUGAAGUGAGAUUUGUGAUACUAGUCCUGGCUCCUCCUAAAAUGAAAAGUACCAAAACUGCCACAGAAGUGGGCAGGACCUUUGCCACGAUGUUUUCAGACAUAACCUUUCGGCAGAAACUUCUAGAAACCAAAACUGAAGAGGAGUUCAAGGAAGCCUUGGUCCACCAGCGCCACUUGUUGACGGUGGUGAAUCAGAGACCCUCGGGCAUGAGCGAUGGGCACAAGCCGCACGGCCCGAAGCCACUCAAGCUGCAUGAGUUCCUCAAUGUUGGCAAGGGGAUUUCUGAUGACAUUGCACGAAGGUUUCCAGUCUACGUGUUGGACUUCACUGACGGUGUUAUUGGGAACAACAAAGCUAUAGGGAAGUACAUCACAACUAUGAUCUUUCUGUAUUUUGCCUGCCUGCUUCCAUCCAUUGCCUUUGGGUCACUCAACGACGAGAACACACGAGGAGCUAUUGAUGUGCAGAAGACAAUUGUUGGCCAGUGCAUUGGAGGGCUGCUUUAUGCACUCUUCUCAGGGCAGCCCCUGGUGGUUCUCCUGACUACAGCCCCUUUGGCACUGUACAUUAACGUCAUCCGAGGAAUCUGUGAUGACUACAACUUGGAUUUCAGUGCUUUCUAUGCCUGGAUUGGACUGUGGAACAGUUUCUUCCUUGUGAUGUACUCCCUCUUUAAUUUCAGCCUUCUGAUGAAGCUCUUUAAAAGGUCAACAGAAGAAAUAAUUGCACUUUUUAUAUCCAUCACAUUUGUGCUUGAUGCCUUCAAAGGCAUUAUUAAAGUUUUCAAGAAAUACUACUACCACGGGCGAGCAGGAGACAGCUACCUGGAGAAGGCGCGAGCCGACGCCAUCCCAAGCCUCGGCAUCAACACCACCUUCUUGAUGAACUCCUCUGUCAGCAGAUCCAUGUCCCUGGAGAAUCAAACAGGCACACAUGAUGUGCAUUAUGGGCGUGAAACUGCUGUUCUUAGCCUCAUGCUGAUGCUGGGUACCCUCUGGCUGGGCCACACGCUCUAUCAGUUCAAGAAAAGCCCCUACUUGCACGCCAGAGUGCGUGAAAUCCUGUCCGACUGUGCCUUACCCAUCUCCGUUCUGACUUUCUCUCUUGUGGGUUCCUACAUCUUCAAGGAAAUUGAAAUGUCCAAAUUUAACUACAACCCAUCUGAGAGCUUGUUUGUGCUGGCCCCAGUGCAGUCCCUCUCCAUUGGGUCAGUGAUGAGCGCCAUGGGGCUGGGGUUCCUCCUGUCAAUGCUCUUCUUCAUAGAGCAGAACAUCGUCGCGUCGCUCACGAACGCCCCAGAGAACAGGCUGGUGAAGGGCACAGCUUAUCACUGGGACCUCCUGCUCGUUGCCCUGAUUAACACAGGGCUGUCUGUCUUCGGCCUCCCCUGGAUCCACGCUGCCUUCCCUCACUCCCCGAUGCACGUCCGUGCCCUGGCGUAUGUGGAAGAGAGGGUGGAAAAUGGACACAUCUAUGAGACGAUUGUGAGUGUGAAGGAGACCCGGCUGACAAGUCUAGUGGCAAACUUCUUGGUUGGCCUCUCGCUCCUGCUCCUUCCUUUCCCUCUUCAGUGGAUCCCAAAGCCAGUCCUCUAUGGCCUCUUCCUCUACAUCGCCUUGACCUCCAUUGAUGGGAACCAGCUCUUUGAAAGGGUGGCUCUCCUGCUCAAAGAACAGACUGCCUAUCCUCCGACACACUACAUCCGCAGGGUGCCCCAGAGGAAGAUCCACUACUUCACAGGCUUGCAGGUGCUGCAGCUUCUCAUCCUCUGUGGGUUUGGCAUGUCACCCUUGCCCUACAUGAAGAUGAUCUUCCCGCUCAUCAUGAUAGGGAUGAUCCCAAUCAGGUAUAACCUGCUGCCCAGGAUCAUUGAAGCCAAGUACUUGGAUGCUAUGGAUGCAGAGCACUGAGGAGUGCUCCGUGGGCAGAGCAGCAAGGACAGCUCCCUGUGAGCCGGAAGGCAGCGCCCAGGCGUGGAACAAUCUCUGCAGUUCUUUCUCUCACCACUUUCUUUCUGCUCUAUUAUGGCAUUGGUAAUGCACAUAGAGACCAAAUGAGCCUCGAAGGGUCAGACCAAAACAGCCUUGGACUUGAGAGGUCGAUGCUCUUUGGAGCUGAGGCGAGCAAGCUUUAUGGAAAAUGCCACUUUCCGCACCCCGAAACUGGAAGCCCUAAAGAUCAGCAGGUCCCUGUGGUUGGAGCAUGCCCUCUCAGAGCUGUGUUCCUUA